UCCCAAACCAAAAGAGAAAAGAAAAAAAAAAGGAAAAAAAAAGAUUUUAUAUAAAGAUGUUCAUCCUUCAAUUGAAACCCAUAAUCCCAAAACCAAGAUGGAGAAGAAGCUCUUUCUUCUAAUUCUACUGCUUUUCUCUCUCCUCUCACUUUGCCAAUCGGAAUCGGCGCCCGCAAACGACGUCGUUCAACGCUCCUGCAAGCAGGCCGCGACGCGAGACCCAUACGUGGACUACAAACUCUGCGUCGAGGCCCUCAGGGCCAAUCCCAAGGCCCGAAACGGUGCGUUUAAGGACCUGGUCCUGGUCUCCAUCGACCAAGCUAAGGCCAACGCCACGGAAAUCGGGUCCGAGAUUUCAGAGAUUUUGAAGGGCAGCGGCAAAUGGGGGACGAAGCCGAAGACCAAGACCAAGUAUUCGUUAGAUUGCUUGAGGAGCUGUUUGGAGCUUUAUUCUGAGGCUGUUUCUGAUCUGAAAUCGGCUGUUUCUGCAGUGAAAAUGGAGGAUUACGAGACGGCGAAAGUGGAGGUGAGCGCCGCCAUUGAUGCACCUGUUAGUUGUGAAGAUGGGUAUAAGGAGAAGGAUGGGGAGGUUUCUCCAUUGACGGAGAAGAAUGAUGUGUUCUUCCAUUUGGCUGCCAUUUCUCUUGCGUUUGUUGAUAUGUGUUGAGUGUUGAUGGGGCCUCCUCUGGCUUUCUUUGUGGCUCGAUGGAUUUCAACUUUAACCAAUAAGAAAUAAUUAAGAAUGUGCAACUUUUUUUUUCCUUCA